AUGAAGCUAAGGCUUCGCGACGACCAAGAUGACGGACCCGUCCAUAGCUUUGUCAAUCCCUAUGUCGAGUUGAACGCCGGGCUGUGGUCGCUGUUUGCAGGUGCGACUUUCUUUCUGUGGUUGAGGCUAUACGUCAAGAUUACGAGGAGACAUGGAAUGUGGUACGAUGAUUAUAUCCUUCUGGUAUCAUGGCUCAUCCUUCUCGCCAACAAUAGUCUUAUCGUCUGGGAAUUCGGAAACGGCUAUGUUCUCAAGGACUCAUCGCAACAAUGGGACGACAAAAUGCACAUACUCAUCAACAUCUCGUCAUGCGGAACAUUGAUCGGCCAAGCGUUGACAAAGACAGCUUUCGCCGUGACACUAUUACGAAUGAGCAAUCGCUGGCAGAAAUGGAUACUGUGGUUUUGUAUUGCCAGCAUGAACGCCUACAUGAUCGUCAAGGUGUUUUUCCAGUGGGCCAAAGUAUGCGGCAAGGAUACGUACGACAACUGGUAUCGAUUCGACUUCUGCUUGGAAUCCAAGUUCCGAAAUGACUUCAAGGAGGGUGGCAACAUCUACAACAUCAUUAUGGAUUUCGUGUUUGCAUGCUUCCCUUGGCUUAUCACCAGAGGGCUGGAGAUGAAGAAGGCCGAGAAGAUUGGCCUUUGCUUCACAAUGAGCCUGGGAAUGAUUAUUGCUAUCGUCUCGGCUAUUCGUGUUAGCUGGAAGGAUCAAGGAAAUGGUCGUGAUGCCUACUACAUCUGGCGCAAUGGCAUGUCACAAGUUUGGUACUCAUCAGAAGUUGCUGGAACAAUCAUGGUGCAAUGUAUCCCCAUUCUCCGUCCCAUCCUCAAAAAGUUCCAUACAUCAUACACCUCGCGUCGUCUCGACUCACAAACCGGUGAACGCAAAGGCUCCGGCUGGACGUGGACACGCAGUAGCAAGCACAUCUCCACCGGGCCCCUAACACCUGGUCAUCCCCCCAUUCUCAACAACAACCCCGACGGCAUGGAGCUACGCAACAUCCCCGAGGAACAAGAACCAGCAGAGUUCGAUUUCUGGGGCAAGAAUGAUCCACCUUCACCAGAUGAUCUCGAGGAUGGAAGACCUGAUAUCAAGUACAAGUUCAACAGGGAGGAGAUGAAGUUCACACGAGAUGAUAGCUGGCCCCUGGGAGGUGAAAGUGAGAGCGCAAAGAGUGCGAGAAGUAUCGAGUUGGCACACUCGAAUAUGGGAUUGGCUGUUGAACACGAGGCCGCACAGCAGGGACUGUCGCCACCACCGCCUCGAAGGACAUGA